GAUAGAAAAAGUUUAUGGAAUAAACUGAGUCCCUACGGCAACCCCAACCCCACUCAAACCAAAUUCAACAGCGAAACAAGCUAUUCAAAGUCCAGAGACUGCAAACAGAAUUUAUGUAUAUUUGACAAUAGCUUUAAGGGGAAGCCUUUGGACGCAUGGCUGGGUCCUGGCCAGCCCAAGCCGUAAGGACUCGGCAGGGAUGAUGGGGAUUUUGUCAAACUUGGAACCAUAUCCAUGUCCCAGCUCUGGCACCUUGAAGGCCCAAGGGGGCAGAGACCUGAAUGCCAGGAAACUAAGUGCAAUUACCAGAAACCAAGGGAUCGGCAGCCACCGCACUGUCUGGGGACAGGCCCGAGUCCUCGUCCCCAUGCCAGAUGCCUCCCCAGGCCGCAGUGUGUGUGUCCAGCUGGACCCGGGUGGGUGCCAUCUCUGCCCUGUGUACAUAAAUCUCCACGAACCGUGCUGUGUUCGUCCUGGAGUUUGUCUGCCGGAGCGACUUGCAAGUGUCCUUGUAAUGUGAACCCCAGUUCAAGUCCUGGUCAGCAAAACCUCUGAAUCUGUGCACAGCUGGAUUUAGCAGCUGGCAGCCAGAGAGAGAGGGCAGGACUCUGAGGAGGGGCUGGAGCCUUGCCCAUCAUGGAGAAGCUGACCUCAGGGACCCCAGAUUUCUGAAGGUAGGCCGAGGACUCUGUCACUCUUGUGGGUGUGACACAGCAAAAGUCCCAGAGCAUGACUGUCCCUGGGACCAGGUGGACUGAGGACUGAUAGAGCAGAUAUGACCACCAACCAGGCCACACUUGGGCCUGCAUUGCAUCUUGAUCGUAAUUUGCAAGGGGCUGCCAAGGAAGAGACACUGAAGCACCUGCAGGAACUAGGUUAUUUCCACGGUGGUCCCGAGACCAGGUCCUGCUCUCACCACUGCGGGGGGGAAGUGAGAUCUUCCUGCCUUGGGAGGCCACCCCUGGAUGGAGCCGGGAGAGCUGUCAGGGUGUUGGAGGCCUCUGGAGAGUGGAUGGAGUGGAACAGCCACAGAGAGCUGGACGCAGCUGGGGACGGUCAGCCCAGGAGGAAAUUCCCCAAGUUCCUUUCUGAUGAUGUUCCUGUUGUUAUUCUAGGCUGGAGGGGGUGGAGGCAUCUCCAGAAGAAGCCACCUGCUCACAGGAUGCCUCUCCCAAAUUUCUGCACGGGAAGAUAUUUGGAAUUAGAAUAGACGAAGUGAAAUAGAAGACUGAAUGUGACGAGGAGGCUGGCUGUGUCUGCAUGGGAAGAGCCGGCUGAGGGCCAGGCCGGGCCAUCCUCAGCUGGCUGCAGGUGGACGGGCUCAGGCCCUGCUCAUCAGGUGGAAGGAGCAGUUCUGUGGUCUCUGGUGAGAAGGACCUUUGGACAAAAGGGAAAUUACUGAAUUUUAGGCAGUUGAGGGAACUCAUGGGGUGAAGGCGACAGAGGAGCUAGAAGUUCUCAGAAGGCCAGAUCCACGGAUGGAGAAGGACACAGUACCCUGCACAGAAGGGGCCCUGCCAGCUGGGGAGGGCUGCUCACACCACAUCCCAGGAUCCAUCUCUAAGCAGACAUGCACCAGGAUGGCCCAGUAUUACCCAUUCUCUUUUGAAGUCAAAACCCCAAAGCACCCACUGGCUCAGCCUCUGUGACUUACCAACACUUGGUGAUGAAAUACAAACAAACUGAUGUCGGUUGAAAACACAGGCAUCCUAGCAGCCUAGGGGGCGAUGGGAGUGUGGGAUCACACAGUGAGUGAAAACAAAGGCACGCUUACUCUUUCUGGCCGGGAAGCACAAGAGGCGUUGCUGUGCUAACUUCUGCGGGCAGAAGUCUAGGGGCACCCAUGGGUCUCUGGAAUGUCGGUCCAGCACCCUUGCAGCCGCUGCAGGAGUGCGGUCCUCAUGCCUGCCUGUCCCCGUCCUUCAGCGGAUGAAGGGCAGUGUCUGUGUCUGCUGGGCUCUCCCUCUCAGAUCAUGCGACUGAAAUGGCCUUGGCUUUGAUGUCAGACCCAUUUGUCCCUGCCAGCCCGGCCUCUUCCUGCUACGUUGCACUGGCAAUGUCCUUGCCGCUCUGAGGAAUGGUAGUGAUAGUUCCCAUGCAUGGCCUUGGGAGAGGUCUGAGCUGGACGGUUAGACCCGCAGGCUCCCACAGGCCACCGUGGCUGCUGGUGGGAGACAUAGCAUCUGCUGUUCUCUCCUUGGGAGUUGUCCUCGGAGGAGUACAUACGGCCGGCCCGGGGCCAGGACCCGUUCUCUUUGGCCCUCCGAGAGGCGGCGCAGGAGGAAGCAUGAGGCUCACACUGGCAGGCAUUUCAUCUCAAGUGAUUUUUCUGCAACUUUUUAUUGCUUUAUGUGAGUUCUGGCAUGCUGACUUGUAAAACGAGAGGCUUUCAUUCAUAUUGUAUGACGCUUGUGCAGAUGAAACCCAAGUCACCCACUCAUGAAUAAUCCACCUGUUCUUGCCCUUCUCAAAGGAUAUUUUCCUGAACAAUCUGAAGUCACAAACACCACCUUGAAAUCUCCAGGAAGUCAAUGUUGCAAACUCACUUAAUUUUAUUAUUAAGUCUUGCCCCAUGAAAUAUUUCUGAGAUGGAGCCAACAGCUAAGGGACAGACUGAGAAGAGUUUCAGCUACGUCAUCAGAGCCCCCAGCAGUGAGGGGUUGGACACAAUGAACAUUGAUGUGAAGAUUGACACAUCCUGGAUAUUCCAGGACAUGGAAGAUAGUGCUGAGGAGUGGGAAUGUCUUCAGGAGGAAGCAGCUGGUCGCCCAGACGUGGAUAUGGGGGUGCUCAGGAGGCAGCUGGAGUCCUCCGAGCAGAAGCUGUCGGCAGCGGAGGACAAGUACGUGACAUCAGAGUCCGGGAUGAGAAGCAGAAUGCAGGAGCUGGAGCUGUCAGAGAGGAAACUCCUCCGGAAGGUGGACCAGCUGAGCACCCACGUGGCCCAGGAGAGAAGCGCCUGGCUCCAGGCCCAGGAGAAGCUGGCGGCGCUGCAGGGGGAGCUGGCCAGCCAGAUCCGGGAGAAGGAGAGCGUGGCCAGGCGGCAGCAGUGGCGGCUGCGGCGGUUGCAGGAGCGGUUGCGGCGCAAGGACGAGGCACUGGGGCAGCAGGCGGCGGCCCUGGAGCGCUGCCGGCGGACCCAGCAGCGCCAGCUGGGCCUGGUGCGCGAGCAGGAGCGCGUCCUGCGUGCGCAGGUGCAGCGGCUGGAGCGCGACGUGCGGCGCCUCUGCCGCGCCGCGGGCUUCCUCCUGGCCCAGUGGGACACCGCGGCCCCGGGCUCCCAGGGCGCCACCGGGGCGGCCGCGGAACUGCGCGCCCUGCAGGCGAGGGCAGAGCGCAGCGAGCGCGAGCGGGAGGAGGCGGCGCACAGGCUGCAGGAGCACAGGGCCACUGAGCGCCAGCUCCGCGGGCAGCUGGAGGAGCUGCGCUGCUGCAUCUAUGGGCUGAAGCUGUCAGAGAUCGGCCUGCAGGGCCAGGUGGAGGACCUCGCCCAGCAGAACCAGUGCCUGCGAGAGGAGUUGGAAGCUCAGGCCCCUAUUGGUCACUGCAGCCUGGACGCUCUGGGCUGUGUUCAGGGUGACUCACUGCCCCUGCCCAGGGAGGAGGCCCUGGACCCCUGCAGAAGUCAAGACUGGCAGAGCUCCCUGCGGUCCGAUGAUGCCCCCGGACAAAGGGCCCCAGCAGGCCAGUCCCCGGAGGGGCCCUGCACCUGGAGCUGCAUCAGGCCUGGACGGGCCUCUUCUGUUUUGGCUCCAGGCCCAGAGACCACAAGCGAGCUCCCCGGAGACUUGGCGGGAUCCAACCGUGAACAGCUUACUCUGGCAGAGCCCAGCUUGGAUGAACAGAUUCUUCUCCUGGUCUGUGGCUGCCCCCCAGGGGAGUGCUUGGAUGAGUCACUCCUCCCCAUGGACCUGGCCCGGAUUUCAGAGAGUCUAGCGGCUGACCCGGCUGCAGAGGCCUCUCUCCUGGUGCAGACGUCCGCACUCCCUCUCUGGGAGCCGGCUGGGGACUCCACUUCCUGGCCACCACUGCUGCUCCAGGAGGUUCCCUCAGACGGACAACAAACCCAAGAAGAGUUGGUCACCAGGUCCCCGCCUCCUCCCAAAGCCACAGGACACCCCAGCUGGGAUUGUCACCAGGCAAGAGGCCGCAGAGCCUCCCUCUCCCACGAGGACCCCCAUGUUUCAAAUCAACGAUUUCCAAAAAAACACCCCAGGGAUCUGAAAGACACUUGGAACAAUGGAGGAGGAAGCCUAGUGGGGAGAACUGAAGACGGGGAGGCAAGGGGGACUUUGGGCAGGAAUGCGAAAAUCCUUGGUGACAAGCACCAGCUGAGUCAGGAAAGCCGUCAGAACCUGAGCUUGGAGAAUGGGGCUGGAGCCGCAGAGGACGUGCAGGGCCAGAAUGGGGCUUCAGAGACUAAGGCCGCCGCCUGCCGCCCUGGGCCCUGGCAGAAGUUUUUGAUGCCUCUUCUACGGGGGGAGGCCUCAGUAUCAAAGGAGGGUCCCGAAUCCCUGAGAAGGAGGGAAAGGGUGGAAGGAUAUGUCUGGGGUCUCCGAGGAGGACUGUCAUCAGAGAAGGAGGAAGCAGCGCCCCUAGCCACCUUCUCCAGGGCUCACGAGACCACAGAGCCGUGGCCAACAGACAGUCCGCUCAUUGCAGGGAGAGGCAGAGCCAUUGGGAGGACAGCCAGGGGCAAGGAGGAAAACCAAGUGUGGCUUGGAAAUGCUCCGCUUCUGCCAGGAGAAAGCCUGGAGGACAAAGGGCUAGAGGAGGAGGAGGAGGUGCCACAUCAAGAAGCGUCCAGUCCGGGAUGCAGGCGUGCCCCCGAGGAGCCUGACUCCCAGGAACAUGACAGCAAGGAAAUGCUUUUUUUCGUGGGAGAGACAGGUUUGCCACUGUUUCCCAGAUUUGCCUUACCAGCUGACGGGGGCGAGCCCACUGGUCAUGGUCAUCCACAGGCUGUGAGCAAAGGACACGACAGGUGUGCACUCACAAUUGAUGAGCUUGCACAGGCGGUGGAGGCUUGUUUCCAGCAGCUGUCCGCCCUGCAGCCGGGCAGCAGGGGCUGGCAGCGCUCAGCCUCUGCGUGUGGGGGAGAGAACUGGAGCUUUGCUCGGAAGUGGCACAGUGGCGGGGACAGAGCUCACUCUCAGCAGGUUUGGGGAAAUCAGGGUAUUUGUUCCGACGAAGAAGCAAAGCCUAAAGAGAGUGGUGAAGGUGAUAAGCCGGGAAAGACCACGGCCCUGGGCACCAGCGAAGUUCCUGAUAACCCAGGGACACUGCCUGAUUGGGCUGAAGCCAGCCCAAACCCUCCACAGGGGCCUGCUGAGCCCUGGGGUGCCCUCGAGAGAGUGAGGAGCAGGUUUCGUCAGCUCAUUUCUGGAUUGAAGAAACAGAGAAGCCAGAUUUUACACGACAACACCAAACUUCACGGAGACCAAGAGAGGUUCCAUGAAAGAGUGUGCGCCCUUGAAAGAGAGAGAGAGAGAGAGGUGACAAAAAUAUCCAGGCUCCAGCGGGAUAACCGCAGGCUGGUAGAGGACAUCUCUCAGUUAAAGAAAGAACUGGACCAAUAUUUACAGGCCAUCUCUGACCUUGAAGACUGCAAUGGGAAGAGUUAUGGCAAAAUUUUGGACCUUGAAGAGGAAAAUGAAAAACUGAAAGGGAAUCUGGGCCAACUCCAGAAAGUCAUGUCUGAGAGUGUCAGGAAAUCCAAAGACACGAUGGAGCAAGUCACCCUGGAAAACUGGAAGCUCCAGACGCUGAUCUUGAAGCUUGGCGUCAGUUAUAAAGGGCUGAUAAAGGAUAUCGUGCUAGGAAUAGAAGACAUGAUCCGGGCCUUAAGCGGGGAGAACGAGCACCUUCUACGCAGGGUCCAUGUCCUGGAGAGGGAAGUCACCUUGCAGAGGAGCAUGGAUCAGGGGCGUUUAGUUAGGGGAAGGGAGCACCUCCAGGGAAAAGCCAAGAUGCAUGCUGUAGACAAAGAGGUGCAGGUGACUCCACUCACAGGACAGCUGCUUUCAAGAGCUUGUGGACCAGCCUUGGAGGAGGAAACGAGUCUGGUUGCAGGGCAGACAGGACCUUCCACAGGCAUCGGGAAUUCCAGACGCGGUGCUGAUUCUCCCCCUCCAUCACUGGUCUGGAGAAACGCUGGUGGAGCCAAUGCCCUGCAAGAUGUCGGCGGAGCAAGAGUGAAAGAAGCACAUUUGGAGAAAGAGGAGAAGAGGCCCAGGUGUUCUGAGGCUCAGGGGCAAGCUCUGAGGUCCCCCAGCAACGGCCCCGCGCUCCAGGACUCAGAGGCCGAGGUUACUGAGGAGGAUCCCAGGGUGCGCGCCCAGCAGCUCCAUCACCGGGUGCUGACCCUGCAGUGCCAGCUCAGGGACCAGGCUGCUGCCCACCAGGCGUCUCUGGACGAGGCCACCCGCCUCCAGGAGGAGCUCCAGGCCAAGCUUGAAGAACUUCAGAAAAAGCAACAUGAAGCAAAGUUGGCGGUGACUCCCCUGAAGGCCAAGAUAGCUUCCCUGGUCCAGAAGUGCCGGGAGAGGAACCGCCUGAUCACCCACCUGCUGCAGGAGCUGCACAGACAUGGGCUGGGGAACCUCCUGCUCUCCGAGCUGGCACAGAACAUGCUCAACGACGUGGCACUGGCUGAGUACGCGGCCGCCUUCCUGGCUCCGGAAGUCCCAGAGACAAGCCACCACCCGGACGUCAAGUCUGAGAUGACGGCAGCUUUAAGAGCUCAGACAUACCUCUUGAAUCCUGAAAUGGACAGUGUCCUCCAAAGCUCAUUGUCUUCAGAGUCCCGGCCUGUUCCCGAGCCGGAGUGGCCAGCACAGACAGCCCAGCUGGAUUCUCUGAAGCUCCCUCUGUCCUUGGUGUCCACACUUGAUCCUGGAACGUGCCUGGCAGCAGUCACUGUGGAACCGGGACUCCCCACGCAACGUCUGCAAGAAAAAGGUGGAAUGCCCUGUCCUGCCCUCCAAGUCGAUAACGUCUCAGCACCCUCCGAGCUCCUGAGCCCAGCGAGGAUCCUGGCUUUUCACCAAGAGCUUAGACAAAGCAUUUGCAGCAAUUCCCAGGUCCAUAAAUCACCACUGGAGUUAUAAAUGUAAUAGGGCCACUCAUUCUCCGGAGCCAUUUCAUAGACUCCAUAAAUAUUUGAAGCAGAACCUUCAGAGAGUGCUUUAAGAAAUUGGUAGCAAUCAAAGCCCUCAUUUAGUGGCAAGUGGUUUUGUCUUCGGCUUUGGGAUUUUGUGUUCAUUGUCAGAGUUUGAGAGAAAUGCUGGCCUGUGCCUGGCAAAUUCUGAGGAGUCUGGCUUUGGCUAUGUCAAGUCAGCAUAGGAAAUAUUUACUGUACCAAAACCUAUUGAAUGAUUGGUCCAGAGGUUCUCAACUGGGAGCAGUUUUAGCCCCCCAGGGAAAAUCUGGCCAUGUCUGGAGACAUUUUUGGUUGUCACAGCUGGGACGCUGCUACUGGCAUCUGGUGGGUAGAGGCCAGAGAUGCUAUGAAACAUCCUACAAUACCCAGGCCAGCCUCCUACAUCAAAGAAUUACAGCCCAAGGGUCGCCAAUGCUGAGGUCGAGAGCCGAGGACAGAUCUCACAGCUCCGAACAUGAUCAGCCAUGGAGAAUUGUUUUGUUAUUUUUUCUGCCCCCAGGGUCCUUCCCACGUUUUAAAAGAAUUUUUGUCUAGUAAGUGAAACACCUAAGUCAUUAUAUAUUUUACAUUUAAAAACGUUAAAACUAACCAGAACUUUCUAAUCAGUCCAUUCACUCCAAAAACGUCUAUUGAUAUCCACUGGAUGCCAGGCAAUGUGGCAUGAAGGAGAAGAGACAAGUCAAUGUUGAUCCUGGCGCCGGGGACCUCACAGGACAAUGGGAGAGAUACUCUUGUGAGUAAAUCAGCACGUACGCGAGUGUCACAUGUGCCCUGAAUGAUGGGAUGAAGGCAAGGGUCUGUUCUACUUGGCUUGGGAGAAUUGGAAGUCAGCCACGAAGGAAUGGCUGGGCAUCGUCCCGUGGGUGAGGUGGGAAGGGUGCUGCUGUAUGAGGGAACUCACGUGCAAAGGCCCUGAGGUAUAAAACUGAACUGUGGAUGUGCCCCUGGCGGGGAAGUGGGCAAAGCAUGCUCUUGUCAAGCCAGCUGCAAACAGUCCCAUCCAGCACCCCUUCCUUCCAUCGAGAAUAGAGACUCAUGCCCCGAAUCAGGUGGGCGACCCAGGAGAAGAGCACUUCUAUCCUGAGGGCAGCCCCCCAAAAAGAGAGUCUGGGGGCUUGGAUGACACACACCAGACCCUGACCCAGGCUCACCUACCAGAGAUGUCACUUCUCACUUUGGGAAGGGGCUGCGGAGGGGCUUAAGGGAAAGGCCAAAGCCGCUACCUGUCCAAUUCUGUCCUCUCCUGGAAGUGGCUGUCCCUUCAUGGAAGGACAAACAAGGACAGGGACAAGGAACUGAGGGCUCCCCAGGAAGUGUCAAAGUGCAUAGAUUUAUUUUAACAUAGUUUAGCUUUCUGUUUUGAAAUGAAAAUUACACAGAGUUCCCGUAGACUCUUCCCCGGGCUUCCCCUGAUGUUAACAUCUCAUGUGACUUAUGUUGUACAAUUAUAGAAACUAGUGGGUUUUAUUUCGAGGAAAAUUGGGGAGCCAUUGAGACGUUAAGAAACGCGGCCUCGGCACAUUGAGUUCCACCCUUUAAAUUCGUUUAUGGAGUUUCCUGAUGGGUUAGCACAUUCAUCCAUGUAUUCCUGGAUUGAUUUACCCACAGAUCUAUUUAUUUAUUCAAUAUGCAUUUAGUGACUGCUGGGCGAGUGUCUGGCUGGAUGCUGCUGGGGAAGAAGUAAAGAUGAUGCUGUCCACCUAGGUUUUCAGGGACCCCUCUGGAGACCCUGUGGCCCCGUUACCACCCCUCAAGGAUCCCCAGAUUGGAAACCACUGCGGUGAUCCCUGUGUCGGUUCCACCACCCUAGGGCUUCCCUACAAUUUCCAAGCAGGAAGUGACCUGCAGCACUGGUUUGGUGAUCCGCCUUCUGCCUCCCUCUGUAUUUUGGGGCAAUGUCAUUAGCUUUGAGCAUCAGGAACAUGACAGAGAGAGGACAGAAACCCGGUGCAGUCGAGGACAGCCAGCUGAGCCCUUGCUGAGCCAGCGCGUGGUGCCACCACAUCUGGUCUCCAGGACUCCCAGGAGCUCAGACAUCCGGUGUCUUGUCACUUCAUGCCCCCCUCUGCCGUGCUCACGUGCUGGGCCUGGGCAGAAAGGCAACCGAGGAAAUCCAUUAAAGCAAACCAAGACGACCUUUGCAGCUUAACACAAUGAUUCCCUAAUAAAUCAUGUUUCCAAGGCAGAGCCACUUAUUCUGCCAGGCCAUGAAUUCCCAUCUGGGUCUAGCACUUUGGGUCCGCUCAAGCUUUGUGCCGUGGCUCCCUGGGGCACAGUACAGGAUGGCGGACUCCCCUCGCCUGGUCUGUAGACCCCAGCCUUUGGAAGUGCACGUGGUGGCUCCUUGCCAUCCAUCAGAUGCUCCGGGGGCAGGACCUGCUCUGGCACCCCAGCAGGUUCAGGCAGGAACUUGGCACACAGGAGCUGGUCUCAGGCGGUCCAGCCUGGCUCUGCGGCAGAAAACAAUUUGUCACACGAACUGUCAGCAAACAACAAUGGUGGACUUCCCUGGAGGCGGAGCCCUAAACCCUGCAAGAGCCUCAUGGGAAGUCACGACUUCUCCGUGCCUGUCCCUGUCAGCACACAGAUCUGCCGGCUGGUUUCCAUAAGCACUUGGUCAGAGCACACGAAGGUCUUUCAUCAUCUGCUCCACGAAGUCCCUUGGUGACCUGGAACCCAGCUGCUGCUGUCUGAGGAAGGAAGACAACACAGGGGCAAACACAGCAAGCUGGAAAAUAUUUACAUCCUUCUCAACUGACCAACAGAGCAGAGGUGGCCUAUGAUUUAUGAUCCUUUCCAGUGAGCCAAAUUAUAAGCCAAGCAAGCAUCUUCCUGUCUCAAGUCACUAAUAGGGAAUAUUUCUACUGUGUAUGAUACCAACCUGGGGACCCAAGAGAUGGCUGCUGACUUUAAGAAGCCCAUAUUUAAUGCCAUGAAUGAGUGGCAGGAAGCCGGGUCUGGAGUCCCAAAGACCUGUCGGCUCUGCUGCACCUGCGCUGGGUCGCUGUGCACAAAUAAUUUACCUUCUUCCAACAUCCUCUUCAUCUGUUUGGGGGUCAUAUACCUACUUGACAGUUUUGCUCUGACAACCAAAUUAGCUAAUGGCUGGAAAAGCACCUGAACACUGUAAGAUUCUUUCCACGUGUCAGGAUCCUUGUUGUGUUUGUAAAAUGCAGUUCCUUCAACUUAGGUAUUUCACUGACGGUUGUCCUGGAAUGCACUCUGCCAUAAGGACUCAUUGAUUUACCAUUCUGCAUAGCUUCCAUCCAAGAUGGGUGAUGAGGGGAUGAUAGGAUGAUGGUUUUAAAAAAUCAUUGUAGUAGUUAUCUUGAUAUUAUAGAGCUCCUGAAAAAGCUUGGGCUAGGAUGGAGUUCCCAACCUGCACAAAAAGUUGUAUGCAUGUGAACUCUUUCCUAGGGAGAAGGAACAUGGAUUUCAUCAGAUUUGCAAAUAAGACUGGUAGACAAGCACCCUAGUAGCCAAGCACCCCAGUCUAGGCAGAAAGGACUCUGUCUUGAAACUCAGAGACGGACUCUGCCUCCAACUUGCUGGUGACUUUAAGGCUGUCCCUUGGCCUCUAUCCGCCCCAGCUCCUUAUCUGUAAAAUGGGUGUGGCACAGCCUUCCAGUUGCGAGUUCCUACUGAGGGGCAGGCUCUGGCCAGACGGGAAGCUUCCACACCCAGCCUUCUUGCUUCCAGAGUCAGUGAAGAGCUCUUCUUCUCUCAGCUUGUGUCCAUGAGUUACGCCCAACUGACCACAGCACCCCAAAGUGCCCAGGCAUGCAGCCUCAUCUCAGCUCCUUUUGCUCUGCAGUUAAAGGGCAUCGCAGCCCAGUUGCUGUGCUUGGACCCAGAGAGUCUUCUUCCUCUGACACCAUUUCCCUGUAAACUGCAUGGCUGUGAGGCCCACUUACACUGGCAGCCAGGGGCCUGACAGUGACCUGUGAAAUCUCAGCAUCACCCAGGAAGAUGCAGUGAAACUCCAGCUGUUGAGCAGGGAAACGUCAGUGAGCCACAUGUUUUCUUGCCCUGGCUGCUGUGAGACAGCAGGUGGUGCCCGGAAGUCAGGCCUGGUGGAUGGAGUUGGCCAUGGGUGUCUCAGAUCUCCGCAGAACCUGGGGCAGUGGUCAGUGCUGGGUGAGCAACAGGCAGGCCCCACAUCACAUUACAGACUUUAGAGAGUUUCCAGUCCACAGUGGUUACUGGCAGCCCUUGGGCCAGAUUUGGCCCACAAAUGUAUCAUGUUUGGCUUACCUUUAAUUUUUUUCUAAUUGUGAAUGCGCUCUGUGCCACUGAGCUGGAUACUUAAAAAUGAUUAAGAAGGUACGUUUCUCUAAAACCCUAAAAUGUAUUUUCUUAAUCAUUUUUAAGUAUCCAUUUCAGUGGCACAGAGUGCAUUCACAUUGUGGUGCAACCAUCACCGUCAUCCAUCUCCAGAACCUUUUCAUCUUGCAAAAUUAGAAACACCAUAUUCAUGAAAGACUCACUCCCCAUUUCCUUGUCCCACAGCCACUGGCACCCACCCUUCUACUUUCUGUCUCUAUGAAUUUGACCACCCUAGGACCUCGUGUGAGUGGAAUCAUACGGUCUUUGUCCUGUCAUGACUGGUUUAUUUCACUUAGCACAAUGUUUUCGAGGUUCAUGUGGCAGCAUGUGUCAGAGUUUCCUUCCUUUUUAAGGCUGAAUAAUAUUCUGAUGUGUGGAUGGACCACAUUUUGUUUAUCAUUCACGCAUUGAGGGACCUUUGGGUGGCUUCCACCUUUUUGGCUAUUGUGAAUAUUGCUCCUAUGAACACAGGUGUACAAAUACCUAUGUUGCAUUUUUAAAUAUUGGAGUUAGCAAGUGACAUUUAAAAACCAAGAGAUUUCAUAUACAAAUCUGGAUUUCCGGCUUCUCUUGGAAAAUCAGUGUAUCUGACAGCAUUGGACUUUGAUCUGCCUGGCCACAGUCAGAGAUGAAUGAAGCCAGCUCGCUCCCUCCCGCACUGAGAGGCACCCCACCCAGUGGAUUGCAGGGCCCCCACUCCUUUCCCCUCCACUCACUGCAAAACCUGCCUGGUUUCCACAGGCUGUGGCUUGGUGACACCUCGCCUGCUCAGCACCCUCAUGUUAUGGGUGAAGGUUCAGAGGCCCAGGGAGGAAGGGUGGCUGGGGCCCAAGGUCUCACAGGCCAGGAAGUGAUACAACCGCUGAAAUGCAGGAAGGGCCUGCAACUGGGCAUUGCAAAGCCUUGAUUCUACUUCCAGCUCUGCCACCUGCUUGUCCCACGUCCCUGGGACAAAGCACUUAAACUUUCUGAACCUAAGUUUCCUCUUUGGAGGAAAAUGGGAGAAAUGGCACCUUCUGUUGCAGCCUCGUGAAGUAUUGUGAAGACAGAAGGAGAUGCUGUGUAUUGACCAUUGAAUGCAGUUGGGAUGGGAAGGGGUGUUACUAAGAGCACAGGCCAUGUCAGGCAACCUAGCAUCUGGGGGUCUGUUUUCCCAUUUGCAAGACAGGAAAAGGGGCCACACCUUUCCCCACUGGGCUAUUCCAAGGAUUAACUGAGGCAGGGAAAGAAAAUAAAAGCAUCCGGCAGAGGGCUUGGCACCCAGCAGACGCUUCACAAAUGCUACUUCUUAACAAGUAAGGUCAUGUCCAAGGGUUCCAAAUCCUCUUCCUGCAGGACACAACCCAGGAAGAGAUGUAACAUCAUGGGAACGACCAGCUUCAGAGUCUGUUGGCCUGGUUUCAAAACCUAAGCUUGACGCGUUAGCCACUGAGGGCACUGGGCAGGUGAGCCCAUCUCUCUGAUCUGCAAACUCUUCCAUUGUUUAGUGGGGAAAAUAUCACUGUCCUUGACAGCACAGGGGGAAAUGAGAAACGGAAGGUGCUUUGCACAUAGUAGACAUUAAAUGAAGUCUAAUUCCUUUCCUUGCCUUUCCCAGCAGAAAUCUGUUUUCUAGGUUAAAAAGAUGGCAUGUUUUCCAAGUAUCUUCAAAAAAGGGAACAAGGAAAAGUGUGGUUUCCAGCUUCCCACUGAGGUUUGUCAGUCACCAGUUUUCAUUCACUCAUUCAGGGAACAAGCAUUGAUUGAGCACCACUAAGUGCCAGGCACCACAAUAGGCCCUGGGGUUCUGGGAGAGAACAGAGUGGACCACAUUGCUGCCCUGGUGGGUGGGCUUCUGCGUAAUCGGUCAGUCGCUCCAUGAGUUCUCAUUAAGGGCCUCUUCUGAGCUGCCUUUCCAAGGGCCCUGGCUUUACCUGGAAGGCUCAUCUGUUGCUGUCUGUGUGAUUCUGGCAUAUCUGGACCCCACCCACUUCUCUGCCAGUACCAGAGAAUAUACCUGUCUUGGGCCCCGACCUUUAGGCAGCAUGGUGAUCCUGCCCACCUGAGCUGCUUCUGUUAUCCCCUCAGUCCUUUCCAGGGUCCCUGGGCAAGGCCAGUGAAGCACUCCUGUGGUGAACAGUCCAUCCCACUGCACACAGGGCACCCUGUGGGCCAGGUGUGGGCCCCAGAGAGCCUUGCCUCUUAGUUUACCUUUAGACUUUGAAUGAAAUGGGAAUGUGGAUGGAAAGCCCUUUGUAAACUCUUAAGAUCUACAUGUAUAUACAGGAUUGGCGUUAUUUGACUUUCUUCUAGAGAGAUAACAGAGACCACCCGAUGUAGGAGAAACAGGUUGGGGUUUAGGACCAGAAUAGCUAGCCUGCAAUCUGGGUUCUGCAACUUAUUGGCUCCGAGACUAGGGAAAGUGGCCUCCCCUCCUCAGUUUACUUGCUGGACAAAUGGAGAUAAUAAGAUACCCAUCUCGGCACCUACUGUGCGCAGUAAUGGAAAAACUGGAUGGCAAGGCAUUUUGCAGGCUUACAUGUUGUGCGUAUACUUUACUCAUGUCAUUAAUUUAAUGCACAUUUAUUAUACACCUACUGUGUGCCAUUAUGAAUGAGGUGAUCUGUCAUAUGACAAUUUGGAAGAAAGUCCACAGGCUAAGGAAGAGAAGAAAUACUCGUCAGAUGGUUGUACUGCACAUUCAUAGAUUAUGAUUAGCAACAGCCAGCAAGUUGGCAUAGCAACGUUUCCCCAUGAACUGCUAGGCACUGUUCUUAAAAUAGGUAUGUCGGAGGUGUGGCGGCAGCGAGGACACGCUGAGGUAGUGUGGUUUGAUUGCUCUGCAGACCAAUGUGGGCUGUGUGCUCAGAGUGGCCCUGCCAUUGCCCUUCCCAGGCAAGCCAGCAGGGCAGUGAUUAAGGUGACAGAUCUGGAAACAUCCAUUGUUGGAGAUGGAGACAGGCUCAGACUUCAUCUAGUGUAAGCAUCCUUCUCCUCCCCAUUUUACAGGUGAGGAAACUGGUUCCCAGAUGAGGUUAACUGACAUCUGCGGUCCAGUGACAAAGCCACUUGACUGCAAAUGGGACUGAACCUGGUUUGGAUGUCAUUAUGCAGUAUUCUCCAACUGUGCCAUGGGGCAGGCUCUUCUGAUUCAGAAUUUUAGGUCUUGGUCUGAUGCAAUUAAUUUUCUAUUGGGUUACAAUCUAUAUGGCAUCAUCUAGCAAUAGAUAUUAGUUUAAGGAAUUCUUUCAUUUUGUGUGGAAUUCAUGCCUGCAUUUCACCCUGGGGAAGCCCUGAAUCCCAGGAUAUCUUGGAAACUCACCUACUUUGUGGCUAGACUUACAUGAUUGAGCUUUAAAUCCACCCUUCCAUAGCCUUCCUUACCUAGUUUCUCAGUGUGAAAUCAAGCAUCAAAGCUGAUCAAAAAUAAAAAAUUUUGAAUUGCUUUGGAAUGAGAUUAUUAUAUGAGUUUAGUUGCCCAUCAUUGCAGAGAACAGGGAACCCAAGUCCUUUUACAGCUGAGGUCCUUUCCAUUUGUUUUACUCAGGAAUUUAUUGAGUAAACUUUUAUAAACUUGAGAGGGGCUUUUCACCUUCAGGCUGGUGAGCUUCUUUUAAGAGAUUCACAGCUCCCCUUUGGUUCCAGGGUGAAAUUCUACGUCUGAAAUGUGAAACCUUCUGAGAACUCAGCCAACUUCUGAGAAUAGGGUGCUAGACAUUUCUGACAUAUUUUAGACACAACCUUUUUUUCUCUGUUGAGAUAGUGCCAGGCAGUGGGAAGGGCUCUGGGCUGGGAGUCCAGGCAGGGUAAGAGGGGCUGCAGCCCUGCCACUUACCCCCUCCAGGUCAUUUGAAGGAUGUAAAGACCACAUUCCGUACUGAUGAUUCUUCACCCUGGUUGCAUGUUGGACUCACUUGCAGAGAUUUUUAAAAAACUGACGCCCAAGCCUCACUCCAGGCCACUGAAAUCAAGUUGUACUGGGUGGGGCCCUGGGCAGAGAUCUAUUUGAAAAGCUCCCCAGUGAUUCUAAUGGGCAGCUGGGGGAGAACCAUGGGAAUACAGUCACAUAGUCUCUUUCCACUCCCCCAUUCCCUGUGCUAAUUAAGUUCUAAAAUGCUACUGUGGGUUUCUUCUGUGUUAGACUCAUAUUUAUUUAUGCUGCUAGCUAGGAAAGAAAUGUGUCCUCAGAGUCUACAGGAGGAAACUUCUCAUCUUUGGAGUAUUUUUGACCAUGAGUUGGCUUUGUAACUCUACCCUCAGGGGGCCUUUUAAACAGCUGGUGGUUCUUACAGAAAUGAAAUGCAUGAUGUGUUACUGCUUUGAGCUCCACUGUGGCAGAGCCUGGAGCUGAGCUCUUGGUGACUGGUCACUGCACAAUUCCAUGAAAGUUCAGAUAAUAUAAUUGGGUGGUACAAUAGACACACUAAAUGAAUCUCUUGGGUGCAGUUGUUUGCAUCCUAAACUCCAGAAUAUCCAGAAAGAGAUAUUCUAUGAUAGAUAUAUCUGCCAGUUGGGUAAGCAAACAAAAGUAGAUUUGUCUUCAGCAUGUGCACCAAUGGCCAACUGCAUUCCUACCUGGCUUUGAAAUAAAUUAUUGGAAGUUCUCUGGUGCCUUAAGGUGGUGUAGAAGGAAAAGAUCCCUGGGGUUUGUUAAUGUAUUUAGUCCUCUUCUCUUCUCUGUGUUACGGGAAUUUCUAAGAACAGAUAAUUUGUACCUUGGACCUAAAACCGCUUUCAAGAACUCAGUAGACUUGGGAUUGAAGGAUUGGGUUUUCUCUUUCCUGUGUGAACUUCCCUAAAUCCUACUCUGACUUCUGCAUCCUUAGUGUAAAUGUAAUGUAUUGAGUAAUGGAAAGACUAAUGGAAGAACUGAUAGCUCAAAAAUGAGUUUUUUCCAACACCAUUUUUUUUUUGUCUGUGAAAACACCAGCAGGCUGUGUCCAAGCAUGGGCUGAUGAUCCCUUUAUGUGAUGGUAGAACAGGGGAAGAGAGAGACAAAUUAAUGGGAUUGUUAAAAAUGGCUGAAAACCUGAUAUCAACUUUGAGUCAGUAUUUUCUUUUUAAAGUAAUAUAAUACAUUAUUUAUAAAUAGGACAUUGAAAGUGAUGGGGGAAAUAAAUGUCUAUGCAGUGACUUUAUAAUCAUUAAUUAUUUAAUGGACAAGGACAAGAUCUGCACCUAACAGAAGUAGGAGAGUGAGUUAUGGGGCCAGACACACGACGGCUCUGCCACCGACUAACUGUGCAAGCUUGGACAGGGUACCUACCUCUCUUAGCCUCAAAGUCCUCCAUGGAAAUAGUGGGUAAGGUGUGAAGAUUAAAGAAAUAGCACGUUUCUUAAAGCACUCAGCAUGUCAGCGGAUGUUGGGAGCCUUCCCUCACCCCUUUGAAAAUGGGCUCUGCACAAACACAUUUUGGUGGGAGGCUGGGGCCUAUCCUACCAACCUGAGUUGGGGGAAUAAGAUGAUCUCUUCCACAGUUCGGGUUUGCACAACCAGCUUUUGCAGGUAAGGCAGGGAAGAGGCGUGAGUGUCAUUGGCAGAGCGAUAAGCAAGGCUGGCAAGUUCACUUAGGUAGAACCUCUGUGGGCUCCUUAGUUUUUCCAGGUUGAAUCCUGGGCAGAAAUCACAUGAAAGCUGUGAAGCACAGACAUCAGUUUAGAAACUGUGUACUUUCCUGCUGAAUCCCAAAUGCACAAUAACUGUACACCUUGCGGUUGCAUGAAUCUACAAGGUCUCCUAUGCACCCUCAUUCAUAAACUCAAGGCUGAGAAUUUUGGCAGGCCAAGUCCUGCCCCUCCCCGGAGUGAGCCGCCUUGGUUCACAUGGGAGUGGUCCAGAGACAGGACCAUACAUCUCCCCUCCGGAAGCUCUUCAGCAGGACCUGCCUCGGUUCCUGGGGCAGCUAUCCUCCGGGGCCCGCCUGCAGUGAAACCAUCAGUCCGUGGAGAUGUUCGCUGGAUUCCCGACCGGUUGUGGGUCGGGCUCAACCCUCCCUCUGGGUUUUCAGGAUUUGUAAUGAUCGCUCCCUUUGUGUAAAAUAGGCCGGCAUUUUCUCUUGUUACUGAGAUGUAUUUUUCUAUGUUAGUUAAAUGUAUAAUUUGUGUAAUUUUGUACAUUAAAAUGUAUGCUUUUUCACAAUUAAAGGGUUUUUUUUCCCUUUUGAA